AUCACCUAUUAUGUCAUUGGUUCUUUUCAGAAAUGAAGGACAAACGAUAAAUAUCCUCAAACCUCUCCAUUCUUAAAAUACUUUCAUUUGCUCCCAUAUUAUCAUUUGUUUUUGAAGAUGACCAGUGACAUCAUGGGGCACGUCUUGAUGACAUGUGAAAUUACAUUUAUGUGAGUUGGGGUAGCACAAAGUCCUCUCUUCCUGAAUCCCAGAAGUCCACUGGCAGGACAAAAAUGAAGAUGACUGGCAAUGGUUCAGGAGACAGUGGGGACUUGGGCAUCUUUGAUGCCAGAGCAACCUCUUAAGUGCUUGUAGCACCUGCUUUAGCAACCUUCAUGGCUGUUGGAACAAAUUGUUCCAUCUCAUCUGCUAGGGAAAAGUCUUCACAUGCUCGGGAUAGACAUUCACCUAACCCACCAACAGGUCAGUUAUCCUCAGCUUGUUUUAGCAGAGAUGGUUCUACUGGAGUGUGGCCACUGCAUAUGCUUACAGUUUGAGAACAGCAGGUGAAACUUGGGUCAAUCAGGUGGUUACUGAAGGUGUAUGAGCAGCCCUUGGAUAAGGGCUCAGCAAGCCCUCACUCCAGAGAUUCUGUCUCCUGAACACUGCAUCCCUUCUCCCCCUCCCCCGGCACAUAUUAGUUAUCAAUCUAUAGCCCCUAAACAUAAGGGGACUUCUCUCUUUUGGAGCCAUCCUACAUUUGUUGCCUCUACUUCCUUACUUUUCAGGCCACUGCAGUUCCACUAUUAAUCUAAAAGUUUUCUCUCAGAUGACCCACAAUCCUUUAGCUGCUAAAUCCGCUACCCUUCUGAUCUUGCUGGAACUUCCAACACUCAUUUGCUCCUAGAUAUUGUCACUUCUUAAUUUGCAUGACAUUGCUUUCUUCUGGUUCUCCCAUCUAAUAGCUUCUUUUCUGGUUCUUUUGCUUCAUCAUUGAUUUAUUAGGUAGCUACUAUUACCAUUUUAUCAGAACAAAUAAUGGAUAUUUUUGGUGGGAGAUGCUCUAGCAGCUGGAGGAAUUAGGAAGGCCUCAAGAAAAAAAAAAAAGGCAUUUGGGAUUUACUUAAAAGGAAACCAAGAAUUCUAAAAGGCAAAGAUAAGCCUGGAAAAGUUUGAGCAAUAUCCGAGGCCACAGAGGCCAAGUAUCAUAGAGGCUGGCAGUUCAGGGCCCCAUGCUUCUCCUUCACCCCCCAUAAUGGCUGAAAUAUGACUGACAACUGGGAUUAUGUGAAGACUUUGGCACAAGAGCCACCCCUCGACUUCUCCUUCAAAAGUAUAAACUUCAUCCAAGACCUGAUAAGUGAGGAGCCCAGGGCUGGGCUCCGGCCAGUAAAGCGUUCUACUCAGGGUAAGUCAUUGACCCAGGCUGUGCGCAUUAACAACAACGUGCUCAAUGACCUCACCGACUUCAGUCAAACUAUGUCGCAGCUGUUGGAGCAUCCCCAGAACCUGGCUUGGAUUGACCUGUCCUUCAAUGACCUGCCCAACAUCGACCCCGUGCUGACCACCUUCCACAAUUUAAGCGUUCUUUAUCUCCAUGGCAACUGCAUCCAUCGCCUGACAGAAGUGGAUAAGCUGUCAAGUCUUCCCAAGCUUCGGAGCUUAACCCUCCAUGGAAACCCCAUAGAGGAUGAAAAGGGGUACAGGCAAUAUGUGCUGUCCAUCCUACCCCGAAUUACGACGUUUGACUUCAGUGGUGUCACCAAACAAGACCGGAUCACAGCCACUAUUUGGAGACGAAUGAAUGUGAAGCCCAAGAAGGUCCGAAUCAAACGGGAUAAUUUUUGAUAACUUCCUAUCAAUGCUCUCUAAAACUCUAGUACCCUUUCCCUCAUUAUUUAGUUAAGCAAUAAAGGAAAUGAUCUGUUGUAGGGGA